UCUCUUAAGAAUGGUGCUCAUGGCCAGUCCCACGCUUGAAAUUUCUUCCUGCUUCUUCGAUGGUUGGAGAGCCUUAUAUCGUUUCUGCAACCUCACCCAAGUCCCCCAGGUCCCCAACACCACCAAGAGCCUCCUGCUUAGCUUCAACUACAUCAGGACAGUCACAACCGCAUCCUUCCCCUUCCUGGAACAGCUGCAGCUGCUGGAGCUCGGGACUCAGUUUACCCCCUUGACCAUUGACACAGAAGCCUUCCAAAACCUGCCCAAUCUCAGAAUCUUGGACCUGGGCAAAUGUCAGAUAGACUUCUUGCACCCAGAUGCUUUCCAGGAACUGCCCCAUCUCUCCAAACUUCGACUGUUUCACUGUGGUCUCUUCAGUGCUGUAUUAAAAGAUGGUUAUUUCAGAAAUUUGGGGUCUUUGACUCACUUGGACCUAUCCAAAAAUCAGAUUCAGAGUCUUUACCUUCAUCCUUCAUUCUGGGGAUUGAAUUCCCUGAAGUCCAUCGAUCUUUCCCUCAACCAAAUAACCAUUGUUUGUGAGCAUGAGCUCAAACCCCUCCAAGGAAAAACACUCUCCUUUUUAAGCCUUGCUGAUAAUGACCUGUACAACAGGGUCUCCGUGGACUGGGGGAAGUGUCUGAACCCAUUCAGAAACGUGGUCCUGGAAACCCUAGAUGUUUCUGGCAAUGGCUGGGCAGUGGACAUCACAAGAAACUUCAGCAAUGCCAUCAAUGGAAGCCAGGUUUUCUCUUUGGUUCUUACCCAUCCCGUGAUGGGUUCUGGGUUUGGCUUCACUAACAUGAAAGAUCCUGACCAGCACACCUUUGCCGGCCUGGCCAGAAGCUCAGUGAUACAGCUAGACCUUUCACAUUGGUUUAUCAUCUCCCUGAACUUCCAACUCUUUGAGACGCUCAAGGAGUUGAAGGUUCUGAACCUCGCCUGCAACAAGAUAAACAAUAUUGCAGACAAAGCAUUUUAUGGACUCGACAACCUCCAAGUUCUCCAUAUAUCACAUAACCUUCUGGGGGAAUUGUAUAAUUCUAAUUUCUAUGGACUACCUAAGGUAGCCUAUAUUGAUCUGCAAAAGAAUCACAUCGGGAUCAUUCAGGACCAAACAUUCAGAUUCCUGGAAAAAUUAAACACCUUGGAUCUCCGGGAUAAUGCUCUUAAAACUAUUUCUUUUCUUCCAAGCAUAGCUAACAUCUUCUUGAGUGGCAAAAAACUGGCUACUUUGCUAAACAUCACGCUUACAGCUAACUUCAUCACCUUAUCAGAGAAUAGGCUGGAAAAUCUAGAUAAUCUCUACUUCCUUCUCCAGGUACCUCAUCUCCAGAUUCUCAUUUUAAAUCAAAAUCGCUUUUCCUUUUGUAACCAAGACCGUGCCCCUUCAGAGAACCUCAGCUUAGAAGAGCUUUUCCUUGAAGAAACUAUGUUGCAGCUUGCCUGGGAAGCUGGGUUCUGCUGGGAUGUUUUUAAGGGGCUUUCCCAUCUCCGAGUCCUGUAUUUGAAUAAAAACUACCUGAAUUUCCUUCCACCAGGAGUAUUUCAUCAUCUGACUGCACUGAGGGGACUUAGCCUCAAGGACAACGGGCUGACCGUUCUUUUUCCUGGUGACUUACCUGCUAAUUUAGAGGUCCUGGAUAUAUCCAGAAACCAGCUCCUCUCUCCUGAUCCUGAUUUAUUUGCCUCGCUGAGUGCCGUGGACAUAACUCAUAACGAGUUCAUCUGUGAGUGUGAAUUGAGCACUUUUAUCAGUUGGCUCAAUGAAACCAACGUCACAAUAUUUGGGUCUCCGGCAGACAUGUACUGCCUGUACCCGAGCUCCGUGGCUGGGCCUUCCCUCUACUCUCUUUCCACGGAAGAUUGAGAGGAAGAGGAAGUUUUAAAGUCCCUAAAGUUUUCCCUUUUCAUCUUCUUCACUGUCACUUUGACUCUGUUCCCCGUAGCCAUCCUCAUCGUUACGGAGUUUCGGAGGUUUUGUUUCAUCUGUUAUAAGAAAGCCCAGAGACUGGUGUUCAAGGACCCCAUCAAGGGAAGAGAAUCAGAGACGUACAAAUACGAUGCCUAUUUGUGCUUCAGUAGCAAAGACUUUGAAUGGGUGCAGAAUGCUUUGCUCAAACACCUGGAUGCCCAGUACAGCCACCGAAACAGAUUUAACCUGUGCUUUGAAGAGAGAGACUUUUUGCCCGGGGAAAACCACAUUGCCGACAUCCAGGACGCCCUGCGGAGCAGCGGAAAGGUGGUCUGUCUCGUGAGCAGACACUUCCUUAGAGACGGGUGGCGCCUCGAAGCCUUCAGUUACGCCCAGAGCAGGUGCUUAGCUGACCUCAGUGGCGCCCUCAUCAUGGUGGUGGGGGGGUCCCUGUCCCAGUACCAACUGAUGAAACAUCGCUCCGUCAGAGGAUUCGUCCGGAAACAGCAGUACUUGAGGUGGCCUGCGGAUCUCCAGGAUGUUGGCUGGUUUCUCAACAAACUCUCUCAGCUCAUUCUAAACAAAGAAAAGGAAAGGAAGAAAGACAAUGACAUUCAGUUGCAAAGUGUAACCACCAUUUCCUAGUCAAAGGAGCACUUUUCCACGUAUCUCAAGCCACAAGCAACUCUUCCCUUUUUAUUUCCACUAAGUUACCAUUUGGGGUCCUUUAUGAAAUUGUUCUUUUCCUACGAUGAAAACCACGUACAUCUCUUGAUUUUCAUAGCAACACGACGUUUUGUUUCACUGAUCUCCAAAUGCAAAACAAAGUAAUAGAUCUAGAAAAUUGCAACAGCCCGCAACGGUUCCCACUCUCCAUCUAUUUCCUACAGACCCGGUAACGCUGUUCUCUCCUGUUGCAUCGACUACGGGAUUGUAUCCUAGUCGUGGGAAGGGCACCUUGAGAGAAGUUGCAGGUGGCCGACACCCUUUCUCCAGUGUUCAGCUCCAGAAGGGGCUGCUCGGUGAUUCUGAGGGCUCUGUGCCUGGCAGAACGUUAAGUAGAAAACAAAGAGAAAGAGGUGUGCGUCCUACUAUAUCCAUGGGAACCAUGCCACUGCUCAGCGCAGGUCACUCUCAGUCUCAGGGAUAAGAGGUGGCUCCAAAGAAGCUGCGAUGAGAAUAACUAGAUCUCUUGGGGCCAUAUUGCUCCUCUUCUUCUCACCUUUUGGGUCUAACCCUAGUGGGCCGUGAACAUUCUUUUUGGCUUGCAACCUUUCUUUUGGGCUGGUUUGCAAGAACCUCCGUGAUUUAACGACAACCUAUUUCAGCUUUAUUUUCCCCCAUAUCUCAUUCAUCAACCACUCAGUCUGUUGCAGAAAGAACUUGGACUUGGACCAAGAAGCUGGUUUGAGUUCAGAUUCUGCUGCUCAUGAGCUGUGUGACCUCGAGCACGUUACACACCCUCUCUGGGCCUGUUUUCUUUUCUGUAGGCGUGAUUGCCUCUACCUCACAGAGGUGCCAUGAAAGUUAAAUCGACCAGGGAUGUCAGGGCAUCUCUGAUCUUACCUCUUCUUUCUCUCUCUCUUUUUUUUAACAUCUUUAUUGGAGUAUAAUUGCUUUACAAUGGCAUGUUAGUUUCUAUUGUAUAACAAAGUGAAUCAGCUAUACAUAUACAUAUAUCCCCAUAUCCCCUCUCUCUUGCGUCUCCCUCCCACCCUCCAUAUCACACCUCUCCAGGUGGUCGCAAAGCACAGAGCUGAUCUCCCUGUGCUAUGCAGCUGCUUCCCACUAGCUAUCCACCCUACUUUGGGUAGUGUAUAUAUGUCCAUGUUACUCUCUCACUUUGUCCCAGCUUAUCCUUCCCCUUCCCAGGGCCUCAAGUCGAUUCUCUACAUCUGUGUCUUUAUUCUUGUCUUGCCCCUAGGCUCAUCAGAACCAAUUUUAUUUUUUAGAUUCCAUAUAGAUGUGUUAACAUACGGUAUUUGUUUUUCUCUUUCUGACUUCACUCUAUAUGACAGACUCUAGGUCCAUCCACCUCACUACAAAUAACUCAAUUUCGUUUCUUUUUAUGGCUGAGUAAUAUUCCAUUGUAUAUAUUUGCCACAUCUUCUUUAUCCAUUCAUCUGUUGAUGGACACUUAGGUUGCUUCCAUGUCCUGGCUAUAGUAAAUACAGCUGCAAUGAACAUUUUGGUACAUGACUCUUUUUGAAUUAUGGUUUUCUCAGGGUGUGUGCCCAGUAGUGGGAUUACUAGGUCGUAUGGUAGUUCUAUUUUUA